AUGAAGAGCUCUUCUUUUUCUCAGAAGACCCUGACUGUUGGUUCUGCUGUUGCCUCCAACUAUACUGCAAGGGAUGGGCUUCAAGGAACAUUGGAAGAGGCCACCACCAAGGUCUACAUCCACCGUCCUAAUGAGAAGGAAGAGCUCCAGGAGCUGAACAAUCGAUUUGCAGGCUACAUUGACAAGGUGCGAUCAUUGGAACAGAAGAACAAAGCUUUGCGUGAUGAGGUGGAGGAGCUGACCAGACAUCUGAAAGAAAGGGGACCAGGCAUAUCUGAUGACUACGAGAAACAGUUCAAAGAACUUAAGGAAUUAAUUGAGAAGUUAACCAAGGAAAAAGGGGCAGCCGACAUUGAGCGGGGUAACCUGGAGGAAGAAAUUGAAAUUUGGAAUGCUAAAAGUGAUGAGGAGUUAGCCUUCAGAGAGGAGGCAGUGAGAACAUUAAGAGAGUUUCAGCAAGAUGUGGACGAUGCUACCGUGCAGAAGUUGGAGCUGGAGAGAAGAGUGGAGCAGUUGGUGAAUGAGAUUGAGUUCCUCAAGAAGCUCCAUGAUGAAGAAGUGGCCGACUUACUGAAGCAAAUAGAAGAGUCGAAGGUGAACGUGGAGAUUGAAAGUUCUCGACCUGACCUUCUAGCAGCAUUAAGAGCCUUGCGUGUUCAGAUUGAACAAGCUGCCACCAAAAACAUUCAAGAGGCUGAGAAGUGGUACAAGACAAAGCUCAAUACAGUGAAAGGACAGGUGGCCAAGAAUGAGGAGAAGAUCAGGCACAUCAGGGAAAACAUCACUAGAUAUAGCCACCAGGUGUCUGACCUGCAGAGCCAGAUCGAUGGCUUGAGGGCCCGAAAUGAAGCCUUGGAGAAUCAGUUGGCGGAUAUGCAGGAAAAGCACCUGGAAGAGGUCGCUGCACUUCAGGAUAUCAUUGCUCAACUAGAAGAUCGCCUCCUAACAACAAAAGCAGAUUUGGCACGAUAUCUGCAGGACUACCAAGACCUGCUGAACAUCAAGCUCAAGCUAGAUGCAGAGAUUGCAGUCUACAGGACAUUGCUGGAAGGAGAAGAGGAAAGGCUUGGUAUCAAAGAAAAUGAAGCCUGAGGUGACAAAUCAUAGAACGGAGAGGAUCACAGAAGCUGGCAGCAUGAAGAUAUACCGCAUACCAGGC